AUUCGAAUUGUUCUUGGAAUAAAAUUUACUUGUAUUCUUAAUGAAGUUUAUAUUAAUAUUAUGCAGAGUUACAGUAGUUCAAUAGAUAUAAGGCUCAUCUUAUUAUAAGCGAAUUAAUGAUAUUUAAAGGUAUAAUAUAUAUUUAUUCAAGGACUUAGACUUGGUUUCAUAGGAUAAGGAAUAAAUUAACUAAAAAAACCAGCAUUAGUGUUUGUAUCCUUUGUUAAAAUACUAUGAAUGUAUUUUUUAAUGUUAUCAUUUUAGAAAAACAAGAUUCUAUGAAUAGAGCAUCUUAAUGAGUUAUUAUUGGAUAAAAUGAAGUCUACGGAACAGGGAUGUUAGAUUUGAUGUUUGAUAUUUAUGAUAAUAUUAUCUUUAAUAGUG